CUUCGUCGCUUUCAUCCCGCGUACCGUCCUGGGAGCCAUCCACCCCGUCUAAAGACUCAGACCGGACCACAGACACGCGCAUGUCGAGGUCGACCACCACCGGCCGCAGCCGCCUUCGCAGCCCCGUCAAGAAAAUCUCCGACAUGAGCCUCCUCGACAAGCCUUGCGUCGCCAUGUCCUGGAGCGAGGCGUCCAGGGCGGACGUCCUCGAUGUAGAUACUGUCUUGAGGCGCGACCUCGAGGAGAUCAGCCAGAGCGACCGGCCCGUGGUGCCGCGAGCAAUCGAAGAGGACCUUCGCUCCGUGCUGGGCGACGACUUCUACAUCCCCGCGCGGGUGUUUGGCGACCUCGGGCACGACCUGAAAAAGGCAGCCCGCGAGUUUGAUACGAUCCGGGACAUUGUCAAAGAGGCAGACCGCUGCGUCACACGGCGGUGCUGCGAGGCGCAGUGGAACGCCGAGGUUCACUCGCGGUACAAGUCGAACUACUGCAGCGCCAGAUACGAGAGAUGGAGAGUUCCUACUCAGCCCUCAUCAGUCAACAUAUUGUUGAUCAGCCGUGCAGGAACGAGGCGAGACAGUUGGAGGAGAAUCCAGCCCCCAAGCGGGAGGUGA